UUGAUAAAGACGACGACACAGACAUGGUGGAGUAAACAUUGGAAAGUGAAAGUAGAAGCUAGCCCAUAGUCUGUUUUAUGCAAGUGAAUUUUAUUCCUUUUCCUUCGAGGUGGUACGAAAGCGAUGACAGACUUUACUUUCCGGCACAGUCUGUAAUAUGGCGAACUCAACAGCUCAAGAUGUGUACCUGGUGCAAAUCACCAUGGUUCAGCAAACUUUCGAGGUCUGCAAAUCUCCCCUCGGGGUUGUCAUCAUGGAGCAAAGCAUGUGGGAAAAUGCCAGGCUGACCACCCUGAGGGACAAAAUGAUGGAACAGAUGCCAAGCAGACUGCCGAAAGAUUUUAUUUUCUGCACAAAAAGCAUGCAUGGCCUAACUAAAGGCCAAGAGGUGAAUGUGAAGUGUCACCAGAUUGCAGAUGACAACAGAGAAGUGUACAUAAGACACAUGUAUGCUUUUCCAAAGACAUUGAUAAAGGAAGCUGUAUGUGAAUCGCUUGUGUUGGGCCAUGUGUUUUGCCCCUACAGCACCACUCUCAAGGAACUGAGAGAAAUAAUGACAAGAGAGAUUCCAAAUAUUAUUCGUCCAGCAACCACGUAUCAGUUUAUGAGCUGCGAUAAUAUCCCGAUUUCACUGAGAGAGGAAAGACAGAUGGGAAUGAGUGAGGUUGUGCUUGGCCAAUCGGUGAGAAUUCAGUAUCUGAACCAAGACGCUGAGUCUAGCUCUUCCAAGCGGAAAUCUGAGACAUCACUAGAGCACAGCAGAGGAAAAGCACUCAGACUUUCCUUCAGCUCUAGCAAGGAUGUGACCCGGCCUAUCAAAGAUGAACCCAUCGUACCUGCUGCAGAAGUCAUGGACAGCAAGCAGUUACUGAUCAGCUACGUGAGGGCAGAGGCCGCUGAGCAUGCCCUGAAUCUCAAGGGGAAGUUGACUGACCUUGGAUUUUCAGUGUAUUUGGAUGUUCACGAGAUCAAGUCAGGAAUUGACUGGCAGGAUGCUCUCAAUUAUGCUGUGAGCAACUGCCAAGUGUUCAUCCCCCUAGUCACUCCACGGUACGGGGAGACGCAGUGGACAAAUAGGGAGGUCAAACUUGCUGAUGUCCUGGGCAAGCCUAUUCUACCAAUCAGCUUCCUGAAUGAGUGGCCCCCCAAGUGCCUUGCCAUCCAGUUUGCCACCACACAGUUUAUCUUUUGGAAGAGUCCACAACGGCCUGAAAAAGAUGACUGCCCAGACAUUCGUGUCUGGGAGAGUUCGUUCAUGGACUCAGUGGUGUCUGAGCUGGCCUUGAGAGUGAAAGCCAUCAAAUUUAACUGUGUAUCUCUAUCCAAGCCAGCUCUCACGAGAAUGAAAACUCUGAUGAAGACGUUCACUGGUCGGUUACCAAAGUCUGUGGCUCCUGUGCUCAGCACUCAAGACAGUGAGGAGCCAAUGGGCUCAAGUGUUGUCAUUUGUUCCCAUCCAAAUGAAGCUGGAUUUGGCUUCAAACUCAAGGGCUGGCUAGAGAGCAUAGGCCACUCUGUGUGGUUGUCUUCUGUCAAGGACUGCAAGUCUUUUGAUACCGGAAUUCUCUCUGUGUGUCUUCAAAAAGCUCUUCACCCUAACAAGUUUGUGGAGAAGGAUCGUGUUCCUGAUGAGCACUACAGCUCUGUAGCCGUGCGGAAAUAUGUGCAGCAGUUCCAGGAAAAUGUGGACAAAGCCCAUCUGGUGAUAGCUGUCCUGUCUGAAGGAUUCACCGGGUCCAAAACCUGCAAGCAACAGCUGUUCUACUGUGAGCACAGAAAGCAGAUUUUGGCUGUUAAGUAUCGUGACUUCAGCUUUCCUUGCUGGCUCUCCAUGCUCAUCAGGAUGCAGAGAGUUAUGGAUGCUCAGAAACCGACUUUCCACAAAACAUUCCUAAUGAGUGUACAGAGGCUCUUGGAUCCAACCGCCAGAAAUUGCUUGGAACCAGAGAACCACGAGGCGAACAUCAAUGUCGCUGUCCAGUACUUGAAAAGAUCACUCCACAUCCAAAAAUGUGUCUAUAUUGCUGCUUCAUCCAACUUGAAAGAUUCCAGAUCUGAACCUAUCUGCAAAGCAAUUGCCCUCCAGCUAGCCAAACUGCCAGAUGUGGUGGUGGUGACAGGUGGAAGCAAGGGAGCCAGUGAGAUCCUCAGUCACACAUUCCACCAGGAGGUGCUCGACCACAAGAAAAAACCUCAUGUGUGGCAUGUGCUACCAGAGAGAGAUGCAGAAGAUGUCAGUGAUUUGUACGCUCAGUGUUCGGAUGGCACUUUCACAAUGAUGUCAUUUGGCAAGACUUUGUUCUGUGGUGGCAGUAUCAACGAGCGAGAGUCUAUUGUGGCCCGCUGCUUCCCCGUCUGUCUGCUCAUAGACGGUGGAAAUUCCUCUUGUCAUGAAGUACAGGAGUUUGUCUGGAGUGACCAUAUUGUGGUGCCGGUCAACUGUUCUUCUGCUACUUUAGUUGGAGACCUCACCGUCACUGACAAGUUGUUUCAGGUCCCUGCUGGAGUUUUGGAGGAUGACUGGAAACAUUUAAACAACAAGAACACCUCUGUGGAGGAUGUGGGGCAGGUUGUAGCAAGGAUUGUGCAGAGUCUUCUAGACCACCAUCAGUCAGAGGAAGAGAGCGCCACCCAGCCCAACACUCCGGAUGCUGUGUCCUCCACUGUUGAGCUGUCGGAGCAUGAAGUCCGACCUCAUAUGAAGCAAGAGUCACCCCCCAUAACAGGACCCCCAACUCCGGUGAAAUUGAGAAGCUUGCAUACAAUGAAAAUCAAUCCUCUAUAGGAGAUUUUGAAUGUGAAUUAUCCCGAGAGAUGCUGAGCCGAGUGUGGCGUGGAUUUUAUUUUUGUGAUUGCUUAACUGAGAUCAAACUGUUUACCUGUAUGUUAUGUUGAGCUUGUCAUAAAUCAUUAUGUCUCAUAUUUAUUUAUUUGUGACUAAAUACACAUAAAUACAGAUGCAAAAAAAAGUUGCAAGCCCUCUACGGCUAUGUGGUAUGAAAAUUGGUAUCUUUAUAAGUGGAGAACACUUUAAGUGUUUUUUAAAUAAUUGUUAUGACUCUUAGAGGUCUUCCUUGUGUCACUAGGUGCCUAGAUAUUCCUAACAGUACCAAACAAGAAGAAUCUGAUGUGAUGUUGGGUUGAGUAAUUACCUGUGAUUUUGGCAAGGGGUCAUUCUAUUUGAUGUAUCAUAAGGUUUCUCUGCCAGUGGACCAUAAAAUGCCCUUUAGUGGGCUAUACAGUUUCUGCUCUGUCUACACUUUUGCAAUUUAUUUACAGUCAUUCUUGCAAAUUGUGACAAUUAAAGCACAAUUUGACUUCCAAUAACUGAAAGCCCCCAGUUUAUGAUGUGAUGUGUUUAGUAAUGAUGUUGUGACAAAGCUGCUUUAAAAGCAAUAUGAACAAACCUUUUUUCAAUGAGGGAAGAAACAAGUAACAUCUCUUACCUUGGAGGGGUUUUUUGUGUGUUUUUACCAAAUGAAACCUUUACAUUUCAGCAAUGUAAAUGUGUAGUAGGCAAUCUGAUAUUGGUCAACUUCUUCAGUCUCUUCUCAGUGUUCCUAUUGUCAGUACCUGUGUUCUCUUCAAUAUCUGUCCAUUAUUGUGCCUAUUCACUAUGUACAACAACUCAGCUCAAACUUUGAGUGGUGUAAAGGUUAUGUUCCUUGUGAUGAGAAAACUUUGUUUCCAUCCAUGCCUGUUUUCUCUGAUUGUGCUUGUGCCAUCUGCUCGUAGAGCUGCUCAUUUGAUAAGGUGUUUCACUGAUAAAUAUACAUACCCGAUAUAUAGUCAGUAAUGCACCUUAAGCCUUCACUAGGAAAUACACAUUUGAUUACAUUUGUAAUAUAUUUUUUUAUAGCUGCUAUUUUGAAUUUUUUUUCAGUUUGGCAUUAUAUAGUAGUGAUUUUUUCAACUUUUGUGGUUGUAGUUUUACAAGUCAGAUUUAGGGCAUUAGUAAGAAAUCUUAUUUUUUAGAUGGAAACAUGCACUCUGUUUCUGUGGGACUUAUUUCUACAUAAUUGAUAGCAAUGUAGAGGAGCACUCACUCACUUAUGUCACUUGUGCACAUACAUAUUUAGUGAGGAAGAAAGGUUGUAUAAAAACAUUUAGUGAGACAUAAAAAGGUUUUAUGUUCAGAAUGAAUAGAUUUUGAACCUACAGAGAAGUCUCAAACUAUGUAGCUUUGAAAAAGCAAAUGACUUUUUACUAUUUUGUUAAGACAUUAAUAUAUUUUCCUUUAUGUUAUGGAGGAAGUGGGGUUGUUACUCUAAGGUUUUCGUUUUUCAUUUUUCACAUUUCAUUUACUUAAAAUAGAAUUUGACAUGAGUUCAUUUAUUUACAUUUGUAGUGAAAGUCUAUUUCUCUGGCAGUGAUCGCUUAACCUGUGAAUUCAAGGCUAGUAUUUUGUUGGAUGGAAAUCAGUAGUAUCCCAUCAUCUUAGAUGCAAUUUUAGGUCCUUGUAAUGUUAAUAAUAAUUUCUUCCGACAACUUUGUUUACCCUGCUUAUUUUGGUGUGUUUCUUUUUUUUUUGGGGGGGGGGGGUAAAUUUUGUCGAGAAUAUGGUCAGAGAUACUCUCUAGGUUGGUGUUUCCUGCACAUUUUAUUUGUCUAAGUGCACAGAUCAUGAGGAAGGAUGAAGUCAAUUGGCCACAAAGCUAGCUCUGUGUAAUGCUUGCUUCAAGUAACAUGUCAUUGAGUUGUGUAUUAGGCUGCAAGUACUUGUUCAAGAACUGUCAGUCAUUAGAUUAUAAUUAUUUAUAAAAUCUUUCUUUGUAUUAUUCAAUUUAUAGACAACAUGCGUACCAAACCCAUUUAUGGACAGAGUUCUUAAUUUUUUGUAUGUUUUAUAUUUCUAUAUGAGUUUAACACCCAAGUAAAUACCAAAACAGUUGGUUCAAAGUUUACUUUAUAGGGUGGUGCUACUAAAAUUCUCAUACAAUAUUUAUAAGUUUAGUUUGUUACAGGGUAUUUGAGAACUUUUCUAUAACUGUAGUUUCCAAAAGUACUGUUCCCAUACCUGACCUUAGCUUAAAAUGGUGCCGGGGAUUGUAUUUACUUUUGGAAAAUUCCUUCCUGCUCCUUUACUCAGUUUAGUAUGCUCAAUAUACAAGGUUGGCAUUCCUCGGUUAUACUCAGGCAUCUUGUUUUGUUUUAUUUUUCUAUCUGUUGGGGAAAAGUUUUAUUGCUUUGAUUACUAAUAUAUCAUUUGAGUAAAUAUCAUUUGAUAGGCAUUUUUUGUUUUGGGGUUUUUCACCCAAUAUUGUGUUCCACAAUCCAUUCCUGAUAAAGCUUGGAGAUUGUCAGUUAAAGAUGGGUUUGAGAAGAGAAACCAAUGAUUGACUAUAGUCGUAUAAAGCUGCUGAGGUGAGUCCUUGUCUAAAGCUUUUCCCCUCUUUGACCAGAGUUUGGGGAUGAGAAAGUCUGAACUUUAUCAAGACUUUCUACAAAGACUUCCAUUUGUGCUUUAUGUUGUUCAUAAUUCAUAAAAAUUGUUUGAGACUUUAAAAAGAAAUAAGCUCUGGGUUUCUUUCAUGAUGAAAUAUUAAGAAAUUCAGGUAUUCCGACUCGUGAACUAAAAAACGUUGACAUUUAUCCAGAGUGUCUUAUUGUUAUGCUCAUUGUCAUGACUCAUGACCAUUGCUCCCUUGCAUUAUUUUUAUAAAUAAUACUGUUGUUUUUAAAUCUUUUUUUUUGUAAGUUUGGCAUGGUGGGUGUUCAAAGUUAUGCUGUGUCUGCAUUUUAGAAUAUAUUUUGUUGGUUAAGUUCUGGGCCCAAUUUUGAUGGGAUAUAGAGGAUAUUAAGAUGAAGGCUGUAAGGCUUUUUGACAUACGCUGUGUAGUUCUCAGCUAAUAUGGAGUGCAGAUAUAAAAAUAUGAUGUUUGAAAACUAGUGUUUUAUUGGAAAGACCAAAAUGGCAGUCUUCCCAAUAUCAUUGUUCCAUGGUGCAUGAAUAGAGAUGGAAGUUAUGUCGUUUUCAGCAAUCCAUACGAAAGCUGAGUGGCUGUCCCCGAUUUCAUUGGUUGUAUAUUAAAUGCAUAAUUUGCCAAAAAUCUUUUAUGGGAUAAAGCAGAAUUUCAUAGAGGUGCACUUCUAUGCCAGGUUGGUUUAUUUGCUUGCAGUCUAUGAUAAAAAACACUUUUCAAAGAAUCAAAGAUAUAAUAUUUAAUAUGACAAUCAGUAUAGAUCACAAACACUGCACUAUACCUCCGAAUUUUUUCCCCCCCUUUUUGCACCAAGUAACAUGCUCAUCGUACAGUUUGGAGUCUCAAAGCUCCAGGUAAAAUCAUCAUUCAGUUGGCAGUCACAAAGGAAAAGAAAUUUAUAGGAAAAGAAAACAAAUGUGUCAGAAGGUUUCAAAUCUUUCCUUUUUAAACUUAACUGCACUACACCUACUGAGUCUUCACAUUCUCUUUGUAUUCUUAGUACACAAUAUGCCCUUUUAGCGUUUGAUCCAGCCUGCAGCUUGGCAAUUCUUAGGGCCCAAGUAUUUUUUUUCCGCUGAAACAUUUGUGCAGAUUCAAUUCAGACCUUUACUCUUGGUCCCAAGGCUCUGUUUUUACUAGUGUUUGGUUGUGAAUAUGCAUUGUGGUAAAUUGCAAAAUAAUUUUCAAAUGUAUUGAGAAAUUAUGGACUAGUUUCCUGCUGCCCUUCAAGAAAUGAGGUCAUUUUUUUUUUUCAUACCUCCCAACAUCUGUGAUAGAUGGAGAUCUACAAAUUGUAAAAAUUAACAUUUAUAUUUUGAUAACUAUGUUGUUUUUGUGCUUACAUCGUGGAAGAGAGGAGUGAAUGUAUUUCUUCAAGGCAAGUCUACUUGAGUUGAUAUAGAUACUGCAUGUUAUUUUCAUAAUGUUUAAUAUCUUGACCCUUAAGGUUGUUGUAAGUUCUGUGAAAUUAAUUGUAGAGCCCUAAUUUCUGUUAUUGUCAUUAUUGCCCCGAUUAGGCUUCCAUGGGACAGCGGUGUGUGUUAGUGUUACAUUCUGUCUGAAGACAGUUAAGUUGUCAUGAUUCAGUGUCAUAUUCCUUAAUUGAAUCUUGUUCUUCAAUAUCAUAAUACAUGCCACUGCCAGUGAUUCUGUGCUUUUUAUAAAGAUGAAAAUGUAAGGGGGUUUUUUCUGCUGUAAUGAGUGUUUUGUGAAUUCAAUGUUCUGUUGCAAGAUUUAUGUAAGUACUGACUUUGUGAUUUCUUUCUUUUUUUUUUCAAGCAGCCUCAUGAUAUAGAUUGUUAUCAUUAAGAGUGUGUCUCCUUUGUAGUAGCUGUGACAGUAUACAACAACUGACAACAAUGCAACUGUAAUAAGGUAUUCAUUCAGCCAAAGUAAUGUGCAAGAUGGUGCUGAGAAUUUUUUAGCAGUUCUGUUUAACUCUGUGUUCAGAUUGUUGACAAUAUGCUUUGGCUGUGACCAGUCUAAAGUACACGCACAGACCAAUUUGUUGAAAAAAGUUUAUUCCGAUUUAUCCAAA